ACCAGGAGCCCGGCCCCUCCUUCCGAAGCCUCGGGCUGGACCAGGGAGGUGCUCCCGAGAACCCGCACAGGGCCCGGACCCUGGAUGGAGGCGACACUUGGCCUCAGUGACGCGAUGGGGGUUACUUGAUGGCGAGGGAAGGCAGGUCGCAGCUGCCGUCCCUUCGGCUGGAGAGCGCGGGAUGUGGGAGCAGGAGAAGGGUGUCCAGAAAGUGGAUAGCCGCACUGAAAGGCUGAGAGAGGCUUCAUGGACACAAGGAUGAAAGAAGCAGAGAGUAGAUGGGCAGAUCUGGCGGGCAGCUCUUGGGGUGGCUCGGAUGGGGCACUGGUGUCCGGACUUUGCUUUCCAGGAAUUGUGUUCCUCACUCCACUCCAUCCCGGGCCAGACCACCUCCCAGCUGAAGAUAAAUGCCCGAGAUCUUCUGACUGACCCGCUAGCAGGAGCUGGAGAACGGCAAAGGAGGGACUAAGCCAAACUCCAGCCUGGCUUACCCCGUGGGCAUGUCUUUUGAGCUAUUUUUGGCCUGUACUGGCCAAGUUAGGGGGUCCGGUUCAGCCUGCCCUCUCUUGGUGGGUUAGAGCAGUGGGACAAAAUAGCUAUCCAAGCAGUUUCACCAUGAGAUCCGGAGGUCCAAUUAAGCCAAGAAAAUUUCCUCAACUGUGGGUUGUGGCUUCAGUUUUGUUGUUUUUGUUGUUUUUGGGUUUUUUUUUGGUGAGGAAGGUUGGCCCUGAGCUAACAUCUGUGCCAGUCUUCCUCUAUUUUAUAUGUGGGACGCUGCCCUAGCAUGGCUUGAUGAGCGAUGCCUAGGUCCGUCCCUCUGUGAACCCUAGGCCACCAAAGCUGAGCGCUCAAACUUAACUGUUAGGCCGCCAGGCUGGCCCCUGGCUUCAGUUUUGAGGAUCUAGUGUCUGCCAGGGCUUGGGUGUCCAAGAGGACUGUGAACAUGAUCUGGUGAGGGGCUGAGUGCUCUCUGGGGCUUAAGGAAGGGUGCGGGCAGGAGCAGCUUUGACCUGACCCUUCCUCCUGGAGCCACCCAGGGCUUGUGUUUGUCUUGAGUCACUCUUCCCUAGGAACCUCAGGCCACGUGGGUAGGCUGUUGGGAAGUGGUGGUGGUCGCAUGUAGUGGGGACUUGACUGGCCACUCUGGCCUCUGUCCCAGCUCUGCUCCUGUGUUGCCCUAGGACCUUGGGAAGGGGUUAGUGCUAAGGUCUGAGUGGAUCCGUGGUCUCUUAUCCACAGCAUCUGCGAUUAAUCUUUAUCUCUUAAAACAAAAGCCAUAAAAACUGAGAGGAACUUGAUGAAGCAAGAGAAAGAAUGUCCAGAAUCAUAGCUUUUAGCAGCUAGAAUUAGAAAUCACAUAUUCCAUUUCUUGUUGGAAGCUCAGAGGUGAGUUUUUCAUAAAUUGUGUGGUAGCCAGGAGAUAGACUAGUGGUACUCUUCUUGCCCUUGGUUUGCAAGGGCAUGACUAGGGAGCACCAGAGAAUGAUUGGCCUUGUCACUUAGGCAAGAAGAAGAGUACAAGUUGUGGGCUCCCUGAGGUAUCAGAGCUGCAUGGCUCUCAGUAAUCGUUCGUCCCUUCAGUAUGUAAAUACACAGUGCCUGGUCUGUGCUUGGCUCUGCACAGGCCACCGGAGAGUGCAAAGAGGGGUUGAGGGCUGGCUUCCGCAGACUCUUGUCGGGGAGAAAGCACAUCCGUACGUGAAGAAUAAGGUGGCAACGCAGGAGAGGUCGCACUGUUGUGCUCGAUUAAGUGAGAAGACAGCACUUCACUAGAGAUGGUGUGAGCUGGCAGAAGUCCAGGUUUUUGAGCCACGUGAAUCUGUGUUCAGAUCCUGGCCCCAUCGCUCUCCAGCAGGGAGAAGUUUCUUAACCUCUGUGGGCCUGUUCUCACUGCUGUGCAGCAUGUAGUGACUGCCUAGAACAUGGUUAUCAUAUUGAGUGGGAGGGUGGUUAUUGUUAGGGGUCCCAGCAGCUGGUAGGCAGGUUGGGUUGUAGGAACAGUAUGAGCCCAGACUUAGGGUUGAUUCAUCUCCUUUUUAGGAACAGGGAUGUGGUUUCCCUGCCUUCUUGGUAGGCCUCUUUUUGUAGCCUGCCGGGUUUUGUCCCAUAGAUUCACUGGGCAAAGUGAAUUUUUCCACUUUAGUUUUGGAAGCUACUCUGAUUUCUUCAGGUAAUGGAAACACUCCUUUUCUGGGCUGAUAAUAGGCAGGAAGGACUAACAAUGCAUGUGUUUGCCUGUGUGUGUGUGUGUGUGUGUGUGUGUGUGUGUGCGCGCGCGCGCAUGCAGUAUUUAUCAGUCAUUGUAUUGGUUCUGUUUUCAAACCCUUCCCACCUUCCUCUUUACCUGCUCACACCCCACUCUAUUCCAGGAGGAACCUCAAUUCAUGUCUGAUAUUUACUGGAUCUUGGCAUCUGAGUGGUAGUGCUGUGAAUAGAUUGUAUAUAUCUGGAAAACAUGACGUGCUUCUCACCACUCUGCCAGAAUAAUUCAGCCUGUUUGCACUCGAUGCCUGAAGACAGCACUGCUUAGGCACUUCGCAGAACCACAGACAAUAGCAUGUUGAACUGGAGAGACUUUGGGAAUCUUUGAGUCUAACCGCUUUGUUUCACAACAAGAGAAACUGAAUCUCAGGAGGUUAAUUGGUGUUCCCAAGUCACAAUGCUUGCUAGUCACCAAGAGGCUUGAUGUAGAAGACCAAAGAAAGACUUGUUUGUCACCAUGAAGCUGCUGCACCCAGCCUUCCCUAGCUGCUUCCUGCUGACCCUGCUCAGCUUGUGGAAAGCUGCUCCUGAGGCUCACGCUGUGUCCGGGGGGGCGCCAGCCAUCAGUGCGGCCUCUUUCCUGCAGGACCUCAUGCAUCGCUACGGUGAGGGUGACAGCCUCACCUUGCAGCAGCUGAAGGCCCUGCUCAACCACCUGGAUGUGGGAGUGGGCCGGGACAAUGUCACGGAGCCCAUGCAGGGACAGAGGAACCUCUCGACGUGCUUUAGUUCCAGGGACCUCUUUGCUGCCCACAACUUCAGCGAGCAGUCCCGGAUUGGGACGAGAGAAUUCCGGGAGUUCUGCCCCACGGUCCUCCAGCAGCUAGAUUCCCGGGCCUGCUCCUCCGAGAACCAAGAGAACGAAGAGAACGAGCAGACAGAGGAGGGACGGCCAAGCAUGAUUGAAGUGUGGGGAUACGGUCUCCUCUGUGUGACCGUCAUCUCCCUCUGCUCCCUCAUGGGGGCCAGCGUGGUGCCCUUCAUGAAGAAGACUUUUUACAAGAGGCUGCUGCUCUACUUCAUAGCUCUGGCGAUUGGAACCCUCUACUCCAACGCCCUCUUCCAGCUCAUCCCCGAGGCUUUUGGUUUCAACCCUCUGGAAGAUUAUUAUGUCUCCAAGUCUGCAGUGGUGUUUGGGGGCUUUUAUCUUUUCUUUUUCACAGAGAAGAUCUUAAAGAUGCUUCUUAAGCAGAAAAAUGAGUCCCUCCAGCAUCAUCACGGACAUAGCCAUUAUGCCUCUGAGACGCUGCCUUCCAAGAAGGACCAGGAGGAGGGGGUGACAGAGAAGCUACAGAAUGGGGAUUUGGACCACAUGAUUCCUCAACACUGCAGCAGCGAGCUGGAUGGGAAGGCCCCCAUGAUGGACGAGAAGGUCAUCAUGGGCUCGCUCUCUGUCCAGGACCUGCAGGCUUCCCAAAGCGCCUGUUACUGGCUGAAAGGUGUCCGCUACUCGGAUAUUGGCACUCUGGCCUGGAUGAUCACCCUGAGCGAUGGCCUCCACAAUUUCAUCGACGGCCUGGCUAUCGGUGCCUCCUUCACUGUGUCUGUUUUCCAAGGCAUCAGCACCUCGGUGGCCAUCCUCUGUGAGGAGUUCCCACAUGAGCUAGGAGACUUUGUCAUCCUGCUCAAUGCUGGGAUGAGCAUCCAGCAGGCUCUCUUCUUCAACUUCCUUUCUGCCUGCUGCUGUUACGUGGGUCUGGCCUUUGGCAUCCUGGCCGGCAGCCACUUCUCUGCCAACUGGAUCUUUGCACUUGCUGGAGGAAUGUUCUUGUAUAUUUCUCUGGCUGAUAUGUUCCCUGAGAUGAAUGAAGUCUGCCAAGAGGAUGAAAGGAAGGGCAGCACCUUACUCCCCUUUGUGAUCCAGAACCUGGGCCUAUUGACUGGUUUCACCAUCAUGCUGCUCCUCACUAUGUAUUCAGGACAGAUCCGGAUCGGGUAGCGGCCUUGGCUACCCCAUCCCUGGCCCGAGGACUCGGCAUCCGCAAAGCACCUCGGAAGAGGCAGUUCUGUUAAAAACUGUGACACCGACUGUAUUCCUGCAUUCAAAUGUCAGCUGUUUGUAAAAUGCUCUAUCCUAGGAAUAAGCUGCCUGGUAACCAGUCUCUAGGUAGUGCCUCUCUCCCUUUCCUCUCCCUUCUUUCUCAGAGUGACUCUGGAACCUGAAUGUAGCUUUAGAAGACAUGCCUAACUUUUUUCUCUGGUUACCCUGGCCUCUUCAAACCAGCUCUGGGAGAUUUUGAAUCCUUUGCCCUACAAUGCAAAAAUAUAGCCAGCGGUCAUAACUUGGUUAGAAAUAUCAGGAGGUGAAUCUAUAGUUUGGGGUCCAUAAAUUUAAAUGUGUAUCUUGAACCUCAAGAUGACCCAUUUUUAAAUGGAUUCACCUAUUUUUACAGAAAAGGUACGAGAGACAGGAAUCCCUCCUAAUUUUUCCAAGUCUAUUCAGCUGCUUUUUCUCUCAAAGAGAACUGAAAGUUGCAACAGACGAAUAGGGCAAGAGAGGAGGCCAGGAUCAUCCUGAGUGAGGGGGAAGUCACACCGACGGUCUGUGUCCUGUCUUGAUGGUUACUUGUUCCCACGGGGGUGCUGGGUGUUGAUUUUGUGGCUGUACCUGGUGUUUCAUGGCCGUCCAGGUGAGCUGGCUUGUAGGAUCAGGUCCCUGGACCUCCCCUUCUUCCAGGUUAACACUGACAGAGUGGAGGGCAGAGAAUGAAGACCUGCGAGAAAUCGAUUGGUUUUGCUCUGAUUUCCACCCCCCUUCCCUACUCCCAUCUUCUGAGAGACUUUUUAGCUGCCUCCCUAGAAGCACAUUCUGAGCACAUUUACAAUGCUUGUAUUAGAGGGGAGACUGCACAAAUUUACCUCCCCUGGUCAACACUUCUGCAAAGUGGCAAGUUGACUUGUAGAACUGGAAUGCAGUUUAUGCUCUUCUUAGACAAGGGUAAUCAGAAAUGCAAUCAGUGCAGGCAAAGUGUAGGAUGUAUUAAUUUCAUAAGUAAAAGUACAAGUAAUAGAACUCUGAGAUGUAAGGUCCAAAACCUGAUCGGGGCACCACAGAUGUUUGCAGAGCAGAGGACCUACUGAUUAUGCUGCGUAUGGGUUUUAAAGAGCACUCUCUAGGUUACCCCUUCCUCCCUCACCCUAAACAAGAAAGGGCGAAUCAUGUAUUGAAUUAAAUAUUAAUUGCUCUAACUCUUCAGAAAAUGGGUUGGUAGACUUGUCUGUGAGACUGUAGGCCAGCCUCAGGCACUGUGGAGCCCUCUCCUCAGAACUCGGGCUUCAAGGGGAGCUCAUCUCCAGGUUCACUAGGUGAAUUGAUUUAUUAUUAUCAUAUUGAUAAUAUGAGAUUCUUCAGCCACUUUGUGGAGCCAGUCUCUCCAGAAGCCUUUCUUAGUGGUGCCCACAGUUGCGGCCCAGGGGCUAUGUUCACAAACUGAUGUGUGUGCCUGACUGACAAGUGCUGGUGCAUUGCCAACACCUGUGAGUUUUUCUGUUCUUACAUGGGAAAACUUUCCACUCUACAGUAAUUAAAAGCAGCAUCUGUUUUGUUUUUUUCUUCUUGGAAAAUGUCUCUCAAACCAGAAUAUUCUUAAAAAGAACAUGAGUGGGGAAAUUGCUGGUGAUGCUUGAUACAUUUUUCUCCUUAUCUUCCCUGUUGACUUGGAUACAUUUGAGAAUGGGCUGAAGAAGGAAAACUUGAGUUUUAAGGUUCUAGAUUAAAUAUCAGGACUGACUCCUGAUAGGAUUAUGGUCCAGUUUUACCAAAGAACCAAUUCAUGGAAUGUUGGAAUCUAACUUUUAUAUUAUCAUUAUUAUUUUUACUGUCUUAAAACAAUUCUUUGUCUUUUCUGUUUUAUUUUUCUCAAAUUGCUUUCAGGAGCUAGCAGAAAAUAACACUCAAACUUGAAGGCUUUAGAAGAUUUUGCUUUCCUUAAUUCACAUUGAUGUAUUACAUUUAUAAUUUUAGCAUUCCCUGUAGAGCUGUCAUUCCUUACACAUACCAUUAUUCAUGGAGUAGAAUACUAACUUGGAGUUAUGGGUUUCUAGUUUUAGGAGAAGAGCUCAAAAAUGUAAUCUUUAACAAAUUAAAAAGUAAAAUAUGAAGUAGUAGGGUGCUUUCCCUUUUCAUGCAUGUCUAUGUUAACUUAAGAACUUUCCUUUCAUAGACAGCUGCCUCAAGGGGAAAUUCUCUAAGCUGUAAUUGGUCCAGAGGCCUGAACUAGUUGGAGCUUAGGAGGGGUGGAGAUGCUCAGAUCAUGCGAGUGAUCGGAUGUUGCCGCUGGCAACAGAUUUGCCUCGUGAGUUAAAAAUGUGGCAGUUUCUUUUUGACUUUGAAGUGUCGAAUUUGCCAUUUUAAACAUUUGUACAUAUUAGGAGUCUGAGGAGCAGCGAGUUCUGAAGACGUUUUCACCCCUGGCAUUAGCAUCUUCAACCUCUUUUUCCCUGAAUGGACCCGCUCCUGUUAACUUUAGCAAGGAAAGUAUAUGUCACAUGCAGAAGCAGUGACCCAGGAGCAGGGCUUCUGCUUCUCACCUUGCCCUGGCAUGCAGGUUGCCUUCUGUCCUUGUCCCCAAAGGUUUUUUGUGUCUAGUGUCAACUUGGGGCUUUCCCUCAUUGGUCCUUCACCCUGGGUUUAAAAAAGAAGUCUUCUCUAUUUGGGUAUCGUAAGACCUGUUUUUAGUAAGUCUUCUUCCAAAGAGAUGAUAGUAUGCUGGAAAUCUGCUUAAAAAAGAAAAAGUUGUCUGAUUUUUGCAAGAGAGCAGUUAGGUUUUUAUUGUUCAUAUUUCUUUUUACAGUUCUGCAAUUCCAUCACAGUAUUUUUUUACAUAACUCAGGUGUUAUGAGAAAAAUUAGAAAAUAAUAUAACUUAUGUGGACUGUAAAUGUUUAUUUGUAAGAUUCUAUAAAUAAAACUAUAUUCUGUAACUGGAAUCCCAGGUGUGAUCUUUUGCAAUAAUGUGGGUAUAAUGAAGACUGUUAGACACAAGGUGGCGAUGAUGUCUUGCUGACUUACAAACUGACUGAGUGUUUCACUGGUCCAGCUUAUUUUGACAAGGGAAUUUUCCAAGUAACCUGAGAUACCAAAACAUGCUCACUUUAAAAUGAUUAAUUUAUCUUUAUUGAGCCUGUGACUUUGUGACAUUGCAUGAUAGAAGAGCUGUGGUGUUUCCUAAGAAGAACUUUCUAUCACGCUGCUUUUCCUUGUGUAAAUCCACGAUUUACUUUAACUUUAAAACUUGUAGAGUACUGUGGUUCAUUUAAACCACAUCUCCUGUAUGUCUUACGGGGAAAAGUCCUGUCAUGAGACUUAAAAUUAUAAACCUGUUCCUAUGCCAAUUUAGUCAUAGGCUGUUGUUUUUCUUUGACAAUAAAAAUGAGCAGUAAGGUAAAAAUAUUGAUGCGAUCUUAUUACUAUAUACCUUAGAGACUCCUAAAUGCCUAUUGCUCAGCCCUCCCAUUUUUUAAAACUCAAGAAUAAUA